UUUGGGUCGAAACUGUCGGAAGUCCGAAAUUCUUUGCACGUAACGGUUGGAACAAGCGAUCCACAGGUACCCCCUUUUGAAGCGAAGGCUCUUGUGGAGGCAUGGCGUUUUUGGAAGAGAUCAGGUAUUGGCUCACUCGAACUUGACGGGCUGACAGUGCGUGGCAGAAUGAAAGGACUUUU